AUGGAUCUUUACCAAUCAAGCACGGUAUCUCGAAAGUUGUGGGACCGUGCAGACACCUAUUUCCUCAACACAUACGGAUUCCGCAUCUCUGAAAUCGUCAUCAAAAAUCCUAAAAGUCUCACCGUUCGCUUUGGUGGUAUUCUCGGACGCAAACUGCGGUAUAAUUACAGGGCACUUCGGUACCUAGCGCCCAAAAGUCCCGGAGAGUCGAAGUUGAAAGCAGCACAAAUAUUCCCGGAAAUAGACCAUAAUACAACGUCUUAUACAUUCAGAUCAGAUCAACAAUACGUCUGCGCUGGCGAUGUCCGCGCUCUCCUUUGUCUCACCAAACUUCUAGACUCGCUGUUCCGACAACCCCCAACAUUCAAGAUCGGUCACGACAAAUCAUCACUCCUUAAAGGCGUCCAACAAGCCGUGGCCCAAAUUCUACCAUCUAUUCCGAAAUCUCCCCUCAGUGCCGAGGAUCUUCCCCGUGGCAAAGCUACCAACCCUUUUGCUGGAAUAGACGUUCCUUCCAUUCCAGUUUCAUGA